AAAACCCGCGAAUAGUCAAAAACGAAAGUAGGAUGGGUACAAGGUGUGUUGUUUGGUGUCAAGUAACAUUUGGUAUUCUGGUUCCUUGGUGCCUCCAGAUGAUUGGAGUAUUUAGUCCCUAUUGGUUGAUAGAAAAUGGUGUCUCUAAAGGUCUGUUCUACCAGAGACUUGCUGACGGUUCGCCGCAUUUAGAAGUACUAGAUCAGGCAACCUUGGGUUUACAGACCACCUCGGUAAUUCUACUGCUGUUUUGUGCCAUAUCAUGCUGUAUUACCGCCGGCAUAUACGGUCCCGACGAGGACGGCGAUAUUGAUAAUGCGUACCGCUCCUGUAACACGAUCAACUGUUGCUGCUUUUUUUGUAACCUUGGGUUCUAUGUUAUAGCAAGUAUACUAAUGUUAUCAGGUUGUUGGAGAUUUGGUUCCCAGUUCCCGAUGGAAAAUAUUGGCGUAUCAUUCUAUCUGUGCCUGUCAUCCUUUUUACUUAUUUGGUUAAUGAUUUUUAUAUUUAUUUGUGAUCAAGUGUGUAAAAAGAAACGUGAUGACGGUGUUUACCAUACACUAACGCAAAAAAUCUACGAGGAUGCAUGGGACUAGAUUUAAAGCAUUAAAUAACAGUGACAAGAAUUCCAUAGAAUUUCAGAAAAUCUUCAAUAAAUCUUCCGAUCUCGUAUCACAGUUAAAGCCUACAGAAAGAUAUGCAGAUGUAUCAAAAUACGUACAAGGAGUUAGUAAAUAGUUUUAUAUACUUCAAACAUAUCUGCAGCAAUAUAUAUCCGGCCUCUUUGCUGAUUUUUGCUUCUAAAUAUCGAACUGUGUAAUCAUUUAAUUCCGUGUACGACACAUGCCUUGGUUUUGUAGAUUCAAAAUUUCAAAGAAAAAAAUGCUAUCUGAUAUUUUGUUUAAUUAGAUUUAAUAUGGAGUAUUGAUGCAACAUCUGGAUCCACAAAAUCUAAAGUGAAUUCUCUAAGAAUAAUAUUUGUCUGCCUUAAAGACCCACAACAGAAUAGCUACUCCUGUGUUUACAUAAUGCUAGUUAUGCAUGAGUUGUAUUAAAAAAGAGAAUAACCAGUAUCCAGUUACAAACUCACAGUGAUAUAUAAUAGUACGAUGUGUUUAAUGUCUAAACAUUAAUGUUGCAGUAUGCACAAUACUUGAUGUAUAUAGAUAUAUUUAGACCACCUUUUUUCUACUGUGUAAGAUAGUUAUUUACGUUUUUAAAACUGUACUGAAAAGAGCUUGACUUAAUAACUUUGCAGAUGAAAUUGUGAAAAUAUAUAUUCAUUCAGGAAAGGCCUAAAUUGUCCACCUGUCAUCCUGUUGUAUAGCUCAAUUACUAAAGUAUACCCGUAUUAUCAGAAUGACUUUCAUGAAAUUCAUGUGUUUGGGGGAAGGAAGUAUUUUACUAAGUUGUGGUGGGUCUUUAAGUGUACUUUCUUUCUACAGAACAGUUUUAAGUACACUUAGUUCAUAAAGGUUCUGUAUGUCGGUCAAGGUCACCCCUUAAGGUCUUGGAAACUACCGUACUAGUAACAAGCUAGAUACCGGCUAUCGUGUUGAUCUAUUUGCAAAUUCUUCCUGCGACACGGGCAGACUUAUAGAAGCAAAUCAUAUGUUCAAUCUUUUUAUAUCUUGCGGUUUGCAGUGUGGUAAAUGACAGCAUAAUACUGUAACUGAUUGAACAGUUCUCAUGUUGAUAAGAUGGAAUUCUUUUUAACUGAUUCCUAUCCUUCAUUCAUCACAAUGGAAAAAUUCAAAAUAUUUUUCUUUUAAGACUUUUGGAUACAGUGAAACCUCUCUAAACGAGAACCUGUGUCGUAAUAUUAUGUCAGAAAAUCAACACCUUGGAAAUUGAUCUAUUUUUAACUUCGGUAUUAAGGCCAAAAGAUACCACACCGAAAAUGUUAGUUUCUUACAUUCCGUAUAUCUGUAACCUUUUUACUAGCCUGUGAAGCCGUUGAUAAUAUUUGUGCUUUGUCAGAAGAAAUAAUACAUAAUAUCUAUGCAUUAAAGACCCGACUUAAUUUGCGCUAAUUAGUGUUUAUUGGCAUUCAUCGAGUUUCUGAUAUUAUCAACUUGUCAAUUUGCAGGUAGAAAAAAAGUUAGAAAUUGUCAGACUGGAUUCCCAGGCUACCUUUUUACUAGUAUGCCUCUCUUUUCGUUCAAGCGGGGGUAUUUGCUUUGCAUCUGCCGGCCGCGUUGGUUGGUCCGUCUGUCUGUAGAAAGAACUGUUUCCGAACCACUUGACCAAGAACCUUCAAACUUGGUAGCAGCAUCGGACUUACGAAUUAGAUGACUCCUAUUAUUUUUGGGUCAGUAGGUCAAAGGUCAAGGUCACAGUGGCCUGAAACUUGGAAACGGUUUCCGCCCAAUAAAUUGAAAACAAUAUAACUUAGAACCUUCAUACUUUAAAGCGUGAUUGGGCUCAUAAAGUAAAUGACUCUUAUUGUUUUGGGGUUGAAUAGGUCAGGGUCACAAGGACCUGAACAUAGAAAACGGUUUCCCGAUUUCUUGGACUGAAAAUGGGACAAGCCAUCAUGAGGUAGGGGGAGUGGGCAUAUGUGUGUGACAGAGCUGUUGUUGUUGUUUUUUAUAAAAUAGUUUUAACACCUGUUCUUAUGUUGUUGCCCUCAUUAGAAUGUGUGAUUUUUUAUAUAAAAAAACACCUUAAAAUGACACCCCAAGGCUGGUCGGUAUAAAGGAGUUGCAGUUGUACCAUUCCAGUUAGCAUAUAUGUAGCUUGGAUAAAUUUCAUUUGUGAUAUAUCAUUUUAUAUAACUUUUUUGAUAGUUUUAAUAUUUGUGCGUUUUAUCUAAUUGUAUUAUAUAUUUUGUAUAAAAUGUAGAAAAAUAGA